CACUGGAAACAACCUCCAGUAACCUUCCCCGACACACGGACACGGUCUCUCCGGCAGAUACCGCCGCCACAUUCCUCCGCUCAGGGAAGAAACCCACACACUUUUUUGGAUACUUUUUUUGGAUUUUAAUGCCUGAGUUAAUAACUAAUUUAGCACUACUCUCGGGUAGUUUGCGUAUAUUUUCCUUUGGCGACGAGCGGCUGCAGUGCGGGGCUGAGCAUUUCUGCGAGCUGUGUUUAGGUGCUCUCUCCCAGCCCCUCUCUGGAUGCAUCAGACUCCUCUCCCCCGGGGCCCUGGACCCGGUGUGUGACCCCGCCACCCUCACCCUCACCCCAUUCCCCCUCUCUCCCGUCCCCCUCUGCCCCAAACUCCUUCCUACCUGUCACCCUUGGCGCUCCUAUUCUGGGCCCCCUGCCCCUCAACCAGCGGGCAGAGGCAGGGGGCCAUGGCGCCAUGGUAGCCUUCAACGGACGCAGCCCCCUCGCCAUGAGCAGCGUGAACCCUCCAGAGGCCAGGGUUCAGGGGACCAACUUCACCCCACAUCACUACAAGCCCUUCAGGUCACAUGCACACUACCGGCAGGUGAUGUGUGCAUUGCGAAAGCUACAGGAGAGUGGGUUUUACUGGGGGGCUGUGGGGGGCCGGGAGGCCAGCUCCUUGCUGCGCUCUGAAGCCCCCGGCACCUUCCUGGUGCGCGACUCCUCGGACCACCACCACUUCUUCACCCUCUCUGUCCAGACGGCCCGAGGAACAAAGAACCUGCGCAUCCACAGCGAGGGAAAUGGCUUCUUCUUACAGCCGGACCCCCAAAACACCCAAGAGCCCCCGCAGUUUGAUUGUGUGCUGAAACUCAUAACGCACUACAUGGGGAGAGAUGGUGGAAGGAGCAGAGAAGGGGCAAGUGGAGGGAAUUCACGAGAGUCAAAAGAGAAACGUUUCAGUGUCUAUCUGAUACACACGGGCGGAGAGAGGAUUCCCCUGGAACUGAGGCGACCCCUCUCCAGUUCCCUCUCGACCCUGCAGCAUAUGUGCAGGAGGACCCUGAACAACCUGGGGGGGUCAGAGGGAACCGAGCAGAUCCCACACACACUUAGAGAUUACCUGGAGGAGUAUGAUGCUCCUAUAUGACUGACAGGAACCCAAAAGUUCCACUAUAGACCAGUUCUCAGCGCAAUUACGUGAAUAUGCGCUACUGACCGGAGUUAGCCAAUGUGAGGUCAUUUUUUUCAUGUGACCCAGAUCUGCUUCGGCGCCGACGGACACCACCGGGUCUCACCUCUGGAAUGAGGAGUGGCAUUUAGGUAGCAAAUGAUUACCUCGUCCGUCCUGCCUUGCAAAAACUGACCACUAAUGUGAGUGGCAAAUGAAGCAAGGGCUAAAAGGUCAAUGUUUCCUAAGACAAACGCAGAGCAGAGCCUCGUAGAAGAUGAACCUGAUUGGUCGAUAUUAGCGACGACAUGAUCAAUACACCAACAGUUGGUUUAUUGUGCAUAAGAAAAGAAACCCUCUCCUCUGUCAGCCUGACAUUUAGAGCUCUGUGGAUCAGCGGACAGAAAGAAAGACCCCAAAGAACAAGAAAGGUUCACAGGGGUUGAGUGAAGGAGGAGUCACAGAUAAAAGGCAAAGUCCAAGCGAGGGGCACAAAGAACAUACAGUAUUUGUUUGUCUGAGUGUGUGUGUGUGUGUGUGUUUGUGUGUUGCGGUGGCGCACACAUUUCCACUGCUGCUUCCCGCAAAUGUUGCCUCAUAGAGAGGAAUGGGAGAGCAGUGGUCAUGCGCGCUAGCUCAUAACCCUAACCCACACACUCACACACACAGGUACAGGCCAGCAUGUAGAUUUUGUGUUGGCGUGGGAACAAGAGAGUGCGAAAAAAGGCAUUUCAAAGCACCUUCUCCUGUUUGUUUCUCCUCCAUCAUCCUUAUUCUCUGCAGCCCUUUGAGUCACAUGUGCGCUUUGACAGUGACAGAAAACAGGCUGCUGUUGCCGAAACAAAAGCUUGUUACUGAGACAAAAGCUUUGGCACGGCACCAAACAAAACAGCAGAACUUAUUUUUAACCAGACUGGCUGCAAAAUUGUCAGUCUGACACUGUUAAAGCUCCUUGGGGUAUGACGACAAUGAAGAUGAACCAAGACAUUUAGGAUGAGGCAGGUUGCGAGGAAAGACCGCACGAAGGAGAGAGAAGAGCGGGAAAUGGGAUUAGGAAAGGGACAUUGAAGAGAGCUAGGGAGGGGGCUAGGGGGGAGGGAGAAGGGGGAGGAGACAUACUGGUAUACUGCUAAACAAAAAACAUUGAUGUGAUGGAUGUCCCAGACUUGGAGGAAAUGAUGGGGCUCUACAGGACGCCGCUCCUGUAAAUAUAAAGCCACGUUCGCUAACAUGUGAAAAAAAGAGUCAUGGCUGAGUCUUAAUUCUGAUUUUAGACCCUCUCACAGUGAUUUAUUCCUUAACAUUAUCAUCUCAAACGUAUUUCUUUUUGUGUUCUCUCGCUUUCUCUCACACCGCUGUUCAUGAAGGAGGAAAUGUUAUGUGUUUUUAUCCCUGUAACUUUAGAAAGGCUUCUCGUCCCGUCUUACCCGCCAUGGUUACCUCUGAAGCAGGAGUGCACAGUUGGGUUUCUCUGUCUGAAUGUCAAGGGAACACAAGACUUCCUUAAAGUGAUUCUCAACAAAAAAAAAGCCUUUUGUAAACUAGAAACUCGGAUUUGAUCAGAACUGUUUUUUUUGUGUGUGUGGCUGCAACGACAGAUUCAUUUAAAAAUGUAUCUGCAGAUAGAUUCUGUAAAAUGUCAGAAAAUAGGAAGAAGUGUCCAUCCCAAGUCAAAGGGAAUGUUUUUAAAUGUUUUGUCUUGUGAGUAGAAAGCCCAAAGUAAUUCACUUUUCACUGAUUCAAAUGGAGAAAAACAGGGAAUCUUAACAAUUGAGAGGCUGAAAAUGGCAAUUUCUGCAAUUGUUGCAUGAAAAAUGACUAACAAUUAAUCGAUUAUCUAAAUAGUUGGCAAUUGUUUUUCUUUACUAAUCAUUGCAGCUAAGUUACCCAGUGCUCAUAUUUACCUGUGAUCCAUAUUGGAGUGGUAGCCUUUUCACAUCAGAACAUUUUGACUUAGACAAGAGCGCUCACAUAGAACAAUAGUGAUAAACAAAUGUUUUGGUCAAAUCUCAGUCUUAUUUUUGAGCACCAUGUUUUUUGUGUACAUGUGUAGCACCAGUGGACUGCACGUGUAUGUGAAUCAUUUUGUCUUUUAUAAAGACUCUCUCGCAAAAGGCUGGCCACUAGUCUGGCAAAAUACAAGCUGUAAUAUCUGAAAUGACAAAGCAUUACAAAAAAAAUAAAUGAAAAGGAAACGUUGCACAUAUUUAUAUUUCUAAAAUAUUUCAAUAAUUUAUAUUAAAGAGCACUAUUUUUACAAAAGUCAAUGCAUUUGCCCUGUGUGUUACUUCAU